GUAGCUAUUACGCUACUUAACCUACUGGAUUUUGCUCAUUGCAUUAUGAACUCGCUCCUUGCACGCAAGGGUGUUGCUUCGCUUGCACAAGCCGCUCGCCGGACAAGACAUGUAGCAUGGGGCUCUUCUUGGCAUCUAAGAGCUUCUAGGGCUCUCAUAGCGAAAGCUUCUCAGGAGCCAGGGCCUUCCGGCGAAAGUGAUGUCCUGGCGGAAGUCGGUCGCCGCGCAGUUGACUUCUGGGACAAGCUGGACACCAAGCAGCGCAUCUACACAGUGGUGGCUGGAGGCGCGCUGGUGCUAUCGCUGCCGCAGAUUGUGGGCGUGCUGCUCAUUCCGCUGGAACGGCUCCUGGUGGGCGGGCUCCUGGCAGUGGAGCAGGCAUUUGCGCUGCUGGUCCUGUCCAGCGUCAGGGUGAUUGCGCUGGUGGGCGCGGCGGGGCUGGUGCUGGUGGGUUUGUACCUGUUCCUGUUCCCCAAGAAGGGCGAGAGCUGAUUGGAGAUGUGGAGUGGACAAAUUAGCCGUCGCAAAUGAAGCAAGCAGCUUCUUUGGCAGGCCCGCACUCUGCAGGCAGGCGCCAGGCAGCAAGGCGGUGUACAGAAUGACCCGUACAGGUAGAGAUUAGGUUGAUGAACGCAUGGCUGUGUGGAACAGGACAUUUAGCACGGCUGGCGUUCCACAUGUCGUGCAGGGUACAUGGGAGGCUGCUGCUUCAUGCAGCGCGUUGGCAUAGUCAUACUGUGAAUUGCCGCACUGAUUGCUGGGUUAAGGCGCUGUGCUAGUGGUAGCGGACCGAGGUCAAAGCCAUCGAGGCCUGCGAAAGCAGGUCCAGGGCGGACCAAAGGAAUAUGCGCACGGUACUGUCGUGUGUAAAACAGUAUGAAUCUCGCUGUGAGCGCAAGCUGGUUGGCUGACUGCUCAGCUGACCUAGGGACGUGGUAGGCGCGCCCUAGUCGUGUGCCAGGCCUGGGCGCGAAGUGAGUCGGCACACGUU